GAUCACGUGACACCGCGCGGACCAAUGGGGUGCGAGAAGGAGCCGCUUUAAUCUGCACUUCGCCCUUGAAGGCGGUGUAGGCGGUGAUUCUCGGGGCGUCUCUCGGCGGCCGCGCUCUCUCGCCUCGACGAUGGCGUUCCCCCUCGUCGCGCUCGUCGUCGCCCUGGCAGCGUUGUCGUCCUCCUCCAUGGCGGCUCAGCCCGAUUACGAUAUCAAAACGUCGCCCGACAUCACCCUGUCCAACAAAACGACGGAGGAGAGGCUGCAGUGCAACCUCACGCUGCCCCAGCCGUUUUCGGCGCACGAGAUCAAUUGCUACUGGGAGCAAGACGGAGAGAAGAUCGCCGGGACGGAGCAAAUGGUGGAGAUCACCGCCUCACGCAUCGUCACCUUGGACUAUACGAUCACCAAACCCAAGGCCGAGCACUCGGGCGUCUACGUCUGCGUCUUCCAAACCUCGCCCCCUGCCAAGGGCAACAUCACCGUGAAAUCUUGGCCAGACAUCACGACCCACAAGAAGUCCGAGAACCAUGGAGAAGGCGACGCCGCUGAGCUGGUGUGCAAGUGCAACGGCUACCCGGACGUCGACUGGACCUGGAGUUACAAGCCCAGAGACAAUGAUGACGUGGUGGUGGUGGCUAACGGCUCGCGCGACGGGCGGCUCGCCAUCGCCAGCACCGGCAACCAGACGGUGCUGUCGCUGCACGGCCUGGUGGUGGACACGGACGGCGGGGAGUACACGUGCCAGGCCACCAACAGCGAGGGCACUGCCACGCACACCAUGCUGCUGCGUGUGCGCAGCCGCCUCGCCGCCCUGUGGCCCUUCCUGGGCAUCGUGGCGGAGGUGGUCAUCCUCAUCGCCAUCAUCUUCAUCUACGAGAAGCGCAAGAAGCCUGACGACGUGCCCGACGAUGACGACCCAGCUCCCCUGAAGAGCAACUCCACCAACAAUCACAAGGAGAAGGUUCGUCAGCGCAAUACUAAUUAACUUAGUAUACGGAGGUUUAGCGUUGCCGCUUCCUCCUUGGCCCGGCUUGUGCAGCCGCUUCUGUCCUGCUCAAAGCUGCAUCGGCAACCACCACCACAACAACACCACCACCACCAACCCUCUGCUUUCGAAGAUGCACGCGAGGGCACGCACACGCACACACAAUUCUAUAUUGAACGAACGUAUGUGUAGGUGUGAUAAUAAUGUAAUCGUUCUAAUUUUGAGUAUUACGUGUAAUUUUUAUUUUCCUUUUCCAAACGCCUUGUUUCCUCCUAUCCCUCUUUGCGCGCGUUCGUGCGGGCUUAGCUUGUUUUAGCUCACUGGCGCAAUAACUUAACACCGUGAUCCCACCGGGGGCGAUAGUUUUUACGGCAAUCGUUGGCCGGCAAGGAAUCAACAAUGGGCAACCGUGGGCAACCAUGGGCAAUAAUGGCAAAUUGGGAAGGGCAGCAGAAUUCGUUUGGUGAUUGUUAACCGCUCGGUCAGGACAAGAUCACAACGGCAACGCGACUAAGGACGUUAACGGCACUCCCGCACACUCCAACGCAGUCUCCCCUCUCCGCCAGAUCCUGCGGCAGCGGCUGCUGCUGCUGCACGGCCGAGACGCGCGGCAGCCUCCAGGCUCACUCGCCCAUCCCGCCAUCUGGCCUUAGGCUCGCAUAGAGAUCCUGCAGAUUCCUAUCGCAGACUAUAGACUCGCACACAGGAAGACCCACGCACACACAAACUCGUCAGUCUGCCCUGACAGUCUCACUCGCGCAUCCGACCGUCUGGCCUUUGUCUCCUGUACGAUUCGCAUACGCUGCCAACAGAGACCCAUAGACUCGCUUUGAGACCCAUAGAUCUGCCCCUACUGGUAUCCCCAUCAUCUGACCUUCGGUCUUUUCUUCCCCCUCGGUCGCCAGAUCCCCGUGCAGACCACCUCCAAAGUCUGUCCCAGAAAUCGGCCCUUGCCUUUCCCGCACACAGACACACACACUUCCCACCCAGCGUAACAGAUUGAUCAAUGCAAUGCACUGUUACCACGUGUGAGCCGUGCUCACUGCACGACGGGCUUUCUCUCUCAUCAAGCCCUAUCCUCUCUAAGGGAGAGGAUAGGGCUUGAUGUCAUCGGUUGGGCCGUUCGCGUCACCUCUGCCCGCGCCACGACUGAAAGUUGCCAUCCCCAGUCGUGCUCGCGAGGGGGCGCUGCAAUGGGAUCCGUUCAACAUUUUUUGGGCCAAUGGAGCAUUAUUAAGAUACUUUUUAAGGCACACGAGUUUUGUUAAUUUUUUUUCCCAUCGCAAUCGGCGACUGCGGAAACAGCUUUUUUGCCGGCAAACUAUUUGCCCUUCGAUUUCCUUCGGUACACCCCCCCCCCCCAACGCACCCUUCGGCCUUUACGUUGCGAGGCGCGAUCGCCAACACCGCAAGCGCCGACGUCCUCUCUCGGCCUUGUCCAGACCACCAGCCCCUGAGCCGAACCUUCCGGCCGCAUCGUCGUUGAGACCGCCAACCCGCCCCCAACGGGCUCGUCGACACAGGGCGGCAGUCGCGAAUGCCCUCUGCUGCUGCUGCUGCCGCCCCCCCCUCCCACACCAUCCGGGCUUGUCUUGGCGGUCGUUGGGUCUCGUGCGCGAUGCGUGCAUCAAACAAAAUAACUCGCGAGGCACUGGCGUUACCGCAGCGAGGGCGGCUCACGGGAAUCCUGUCGCAGAAGGUCACACGUUUGGCGCGACGGUCCUACGCCGACUGCACAAAGAAGGGGAAGGUCUUGUACACAGUCGGCUUUAGAGCCUGGUGAUCUGGGCAAGGCUGGGGGGGGGGCGUUGAACGCGGUGGUCACGUGACGCACCCUCCCUACGGGCGCAGCAGCAGCGCACCUCUGCGCGUUGCAACUCGCCGCCUGCCGUUUGUGACGAGGAGGUACGGUCUCACCGUUGGCCAGGGGGAAGAGGCUCUGCGAGUUCACGUGACCGCUGCCGCGCCCCCCCCCACCCCACCUCGUGGCGUGAGUGCGUGCGGUUUUUACAAAAUGGCAAAGUCGACGUUCCAGGUUGUCGCGCGCGCAUGUCCGUGUCGUCGUCAUGGGGGUGUGCCAUUUCUCUCCUGCCGUCCCGCGAAUUGCUGAAUUACUCGCUCGCUCUCCGUAGAAGAAGCUUGUCCUUUUGUUGAUGCAUGACUGUGAUCUUCCACCCGUGUGAUUUAACAAAGUUAUAACGUUGCAUGCCUUCUUCCUUCCCCCAACCCCCCCAACCCCCUGGCCCACCAUCGCAAAGAGAAUGCGAAGAUAAUUUUAACGAUGGGUUGGAUUCCAAAGGGCGGAGAGAUUUUUCUUUUAUUUUUUUUUACCCUCCGGGUGUGGAUUUGGCAGGACGGCCGCCGCGGGUUAAAUAUUCUUUCAUCCGCGGCGGCUACAGUGGCCAGGUGUUUACUACCUCGCCUGGUAUGCAGGACGUCGUGGGUUCGAUCCCGACCUGGAUGCUGUAUAUUUAGAGUUUGCGUGCGUCUCUCUCUCUCUCCCCGUGGUCGCGUGGAAUUUUCUCGGGUUGCUCCGGUUUUUUCCCCUCCACAUUUAGAUUCGACAUCACGCCCUUAGAGUAUUUGGCUACUGCUUUUAAAUUUCCACACGACGAUGAUAAGACCACUUCGUUGAGCUAUCAUUUGUGAUAGCCAGAUCGCUUCUAAGAGCUGUGUAUAACAGUUCAGUGGGGCCUUAUCUGGCAAAAUAAAAUAAAAAAAAUAAAAAAUUUAGUUUGUUUUUCUGCUCCAGACGCGUUCACCACGCACCCCUCACUGAGCGGGAAUCUUCAUGAGUUGAGAAAAAUUAAAACAAAAUAAAAAAAAACUCCGCGCUAAAACAAACCGCAGUCGGAUUACCAGCGGCCGGGGUGAAAAAAAUAUAAUUUCGCUGUUUAAAAAAAAAAUCGUGGCUGUCGUUAAUCGUGGUGUUAAGUACUUGCAAAUUCUCAAUUUGCUGACGAUUGUAAAUCGGUAGCGCGCUACUUCUAUAUAUCGUAGCUCACCCCGUCCGCUGGGGAUUAAUUUUUUUUGGGGGGGGGGGGGAGAGGAGGAGAGUUUAUAAUUAACAAUGAAACAUCACUGCAUGUUUUUUUUUUUGUGCACGCUCACGUGCCGUGUGUCGUUACGCUGUUGCGUGCGUGUGCGCGCGCACUCAUUUAACGCGGCCGCUUACUCGAUGAAAGGGGGUGGGGGUUAAUUUUUGUUGCAGUUUUCAUUUCGUGGAAUCUUUGUCCGUCGCGGCGACGCGGCCACGCGACCGUUCACCAUCGCGGACGAGCGCGCGUCUAACGGGGGGGGGGGGGGACCCCCCCCCUCCACGUUCCGUGUAAAUAAUCUCGCAUCCUUGGAGUUUCCUCUCAUUUCUGAUGUGGCACGUGCACCCACGCACCCGCUCACGCACGCACUCCCGUCACUCCAUUAACGGCCGUGUCACCGAUUGUAUUUCUCCCCCCCCCCCCCCCCCCCCC